GAGUGCGCGCGCGUGCGCAGAGCCGCCCUUGCCCUGUGUCUGGGAGGUUGGAAGAUGGGAGAUGAAGAGGUUGCUGAGAGCUGGGAGGAAGCUGCUGAUAGUGGGGAAAUAGACAGACGGUUGGAAGAGAAGCUGAGGAUCAGCCAAAAAGAGAAGAAAUCGAGGUCCCUCUUGAAGACCCCCAUAGUGAUCCAGGACGACUCUCUGCACGCUGCCCCUCCCCCACAGAUCCGAAUCCUCAAGCGACCCUCGAGUAACGGGUCCCUGGGAGCCUCCAGCCCUGCCCAGCGCCCACCGGCGCAGGUGAAGACUCUGGCACAGAGAGAGGCUGAGUACGCAGAGGCUCGCCGCAGGAUCCUGGGGAGCGCCAGCCCAGAGGAGGAGCCAGAGAAACCCAUACCGACCACAGACAGGCCAGUUCGAGUCAGCACCCCCUUGGAGGAAGCCAGGCCGCCCAACAAUGUGAUCCGGCAGCCGAUGGGCCCUGAUGGCACACAGGGAUUCCGCCAGUGGAGAUAAGCAGAGUGGGGGCGAGAAUGCACGCCCCUGGAACCGCAGGACUCUCCGGCUUGGAGGAGGAGGUGGGGGGGAGGAGUACAGGUGGGGGUGGGGGAGACCUCUCCCCCACUCCUUCCCAAACCCAUACCCCCCACCCCCAUCCAUGGGGAGGAUGUGCAGAGGGAGAGGGGGGAGGUAUCCUCCUGAACCAAUCAACGCACUGUGACAAUGAAGAAGCAGCAGCAGCCUCUUCACGACUCCACUCACUGUGACCUUUGCCCCUCCCCCUCUUGCACUGUGCCGCCGCUCCCUCCUCGCCUGGCCCACUGUGACUGGCACACCGCUACGGGCUCUCCCGGAACGCCCUUGCAGAAGAAGAGACUCGGCUUCAAGGAACUGAGAGAAAUAAUAAGCGAAAGAGGAAAAAAAGGAAAGAAGCGGGUGCCAGCUUUUCCCAGCAAUAAUUUUAUUCACUAUCUCCCUAACCAUCAGAUCGUUUUUUUUUUGGGGGGGGGCAGGGUGUGUUCAUCCUCACACCUGUGUUUUUUUGUUUGUUUUUUGUUUCAUAUUUGAUAUGGUGCCUGGUAUCUCUGCAAGAGCACCUUUUAAUGUGUUUUUCGGCGUCUACCUGGUUUGUAAAAUGUAAGUUCCUUUUCAGUUUUUUAAUUGUCAAAAUUAUUAGGAAUCAGAUCGUUCCUUAAAUGCAAUCUGUACUGUAAAUAUGUAAAGCUGAGCAGAGAAUAGGGACAGCCGAAUGACGGGGGUCCAGCCUAGCUUGUGGGGACCUCUAGUGGCCCCUAUUGUGUUUAAUGUGCCACAUGCUCCUUUCACUGUUAGUGUUGUAGUUUCAUUGAGGGGGUGCACUCCUCGCUCACUGUCCUCACCACUGUUUUUUUGUAGUGAGUUUGCGUACACCAACAAAGUCUGUAAAUUACGUUUUUGUCAAGCUGCUAUUAUGCAGUUUGGGGGUUGAAUUUGGUUUAAGUGAAAUUCCUGGUUGAAAUAAAAAUCUGAGGACUGAGGUUGGUAACCACUGCGCUAGUGCAUUGUCACGUUUCACAGACACAUAUUGGGACUCAUUUUGAGACUAGUAGUCCCAGAUAAUCUGUGGCUGUAAAAUGAGACUAACGCGCUAGAGUAGUUAUUGCCAGCUGCAGUCCUCAACCAGCACUAAGAACCUGGGACUCAACUGUGACAGUCUUUCUUCUAAAAGCACAUUUACAUGCUCAGUUACUGAGAGUGGAGUGCAAGAAUGUGUUUGUCUCAGUGGUACCCAUUUUCAACAGGCUAGAUAGAGAGACUGACUUUUUUUUGGUAUCCAUCACAGCAGUUAUAUAGCUAAAGACAACACAAUUUUCAAUGACUUGACAAUGGAUUCGCUGAAACAAGUCUUUAAUAAAAAAUGGUUGUGUUUUUUUUUAAACUGUAAAUUUGCUCCUGUGCUUAUGAAUAUGAGAAUGUUUGUUUUGUUCUCCUGCCCCAAUAUAAAGCUGUUAAACAGCCUCUCAGGCUUGGCAUUCAGUGGUUUGCAGGUUUCCCGGUUCCCAUCUUUGACUGCAAGCAUUCCAUUGCAGGACAGUGGUGUCUGCAAAACCUUUCUCGUUGCCUUAGCAGACACAGCUCCUUUCAAAAACUGCCCAGCUUUAUUCAUGGAGAAUUUAGGUGUGCUUCCAUCACAGGCUCUUGUAGGGUUUUUAUAGAAAGGUGUAAAAAGCACCUUUAGAAAUACACAAUAUGUUGGGCAAUCAGCUAUACUAAGGCAUCUGAAACAGCAUGUUAAAAUGCAUAGAUACUGGGGUCUGUUGGUUGGAUUGGACUUGAGGACACACAAUACCUAACUGUUCCGUUUGAAAUGUGACUUGGAUACUUUCUAUUCUAUCUUGGAUACUGUCUUCAUUCGCAACCCCUGGUGCACUUGGCUGAGCUGACACCUGCAAUCAUAUUUGUACCCCGGAGCAUUGUACCCAGACUUGCUGAUCUGUGACCAGCAAAAUGUAAGGCCCUACAGUUUUGUGUCCCUCAAUUUUAUAAGCCACUGAUACUGCCUUCACAACAAAUCUCCGCUUGAAAUGACUUGCUCACUCUUCCAGUACAAACCAGGGGUAUGCACUACAUGUGUUCCAAGCCAAUUGAACAGAUAAGUGUUAACAUGACUGUAGAUUCUUACACGCUAAAUGAUGGUUCUGACUCGGGUAAGGCAUAUGCAGACAGUGAAAUGUAGUGUGAUGUUUUGCAGAGGCCUGUUGCUGGUCUUGAACAUGGCCCUAGCUGAACUCCCCAACUUCAGUCUUCGACUUCAAUUCAUGUAUUAAAAUACAGACUACUGUAGUGUACGAUUAACUUAAAGUUGGAAGUUAACUCUGCAACCAUGUUCUGAAGGAGGAGGGUUGCAUCAAUGUAGUGUUUUAAUUUGGGGGCUCCCUCCCAAUUCUCUGAUAUUAUUUUUGUUUACUUUUAGUUCAUUUACAGUUGUUGGGAGUUUUACAGUAAUCUUUGCUUGUAAAAAAAAAAAAAAAAAAAAAAAAAGUUUUGUGAUAGAUCAGUUGAUAGCCAUACUGCUUGUGACUUUUUCUUGGAGCCUUUUGUGUUCCACACAUGUUGUGUCCAGCAGAAAGGGGCAUACAGUAGACUUAACUGUGUCCUUGCAUGUUUGUUCCCUCUCUGUAAAGGUACCAUCUUGUCCCUGGCUAGCAGAUAAGCUAGGAGCUUCUACUUAAACUUAGGUAAAGCUCUGGAGAAGCUUUAGAGUCCAUUGGCCCAUCCAUCGAGGAAGUAACAUUUUAUGUGUGUGUGUGUGUGUGUGUAUUUGUGUAGCCCUCUAUGCUACGUAGUAUGACUUGUAAGAAAUCAGAGGAACAAAAGGAAAGAACAAAUUGAAAUGCAUACCAAAUGUAUCGACAAGCACUGUCCGGGGGUCUAGCCAGGAGCGAGAAUAUCGAUGAUAAUUGUGUUGAUUGGAUUCAAAGUUGAGUGCCUAUGAACAUUAAAACUAACCCUGCCCAAUAGCCUCAAGGUGUUGAGCUGACCCAAUGGAAAUGUAUUUUGUGUGUGUGUGUGUAUAUAUAAAUUUCCUAUGUUGUGCAAAAUCAACGAAUGUGCUAAGCCAUGAUUUUGCCAGGAUAGCCUUUAUUCAGACCCUCACUUUGUAGGAGUUUCAUUUGGUGUUGGUUGUUGAUUAAUGGUUGUGAAUCCAGAGUAGGUCCAAAGACCAGAAAGCAUUGCAUAAUCACACAACCGCAAUGUGCAAUGCUAAAAGAUCCAUAUAUACAAUGUUCUUUUGAAUUUAUAUUGACAUGUGCUGUGUUUAUUUAGGGAGUAGCCUAUAUAGUGGGUUUGAAAAGACAUAAAUACUGAAUCGGCAUCUUUACCUGGUAAAACAUGAUCUUAGUUUUCCCCUCAAUUGCUUUGCAACAAUUUACUCGGCUGCUUUAUUUUAAGUUUAGCUUUUUUUAAAAUACAAAUAUUUCAAUUGUUUUAUAUUUAAAAUUUCAUAUGUGGAUUUUGUUCAAAAACCCACAGGUUAUCAGUCUGGCUUUUAUUAUAUAUAAAACCCUAAACUAGCCUUUACUAUGUUUGAUUUGAGCUGUUUGCAGUUUGUACAGAAAACCAGCACAAAAAAAAACAAAAAAACCUGAGGCCAAAGAGAAUCACACCAAAUUGAAAAGAAGUCAGGGAGCCAGUGACUGGACUGGAAUUUGAACUCUGGUCCCCUGGCUCCCAGUCCUCUACUCUGACCUUUGAGCCAUAAAAGUAGACUGUAAAUCAAAUGAGCAGAAACCCAUAUGCCUGAAUCACCUGGCUAAACCCCUAAUUGUUGCAACAGACGCUUUGGGGAGUGUUGAUUUUUAGAACCUAUUAUGAGAGGCUUUGGGCUUGUUAAGGGUCUGGACUUAGAGGCUUGUUUUUUAGAAAUGAAUGCUCAGUUUGGGUUUAAGGGAUUGUUAAAUUGAGCUCUGAAAAUGCAUCCUUCCGCUGAAUCAGUAGAAGAAUUCUGAGAAGGCAACUGAAGUAGAAAUUAAUAAAAGAAAAGUUCUAAAA